CUUCCGGGUCAUGUAAUUUUAGACCUGUGAUUUCUUUCUUUGAAAAAAAGACCAGAAUGUCAGCCCCAGAAGUGCCAUUGAAGAUAGAUGAAAAUGAGGAAAGUGUUGAUAAUAUCUCAGUUUCUUCAACAUGUGACACUGAAGAAAAAUUAUCAUUAAACGAAGUGGCUCCAACAGGAGAGUCAGUAUUUGAUCAGAAUGAGACACCACCAGAAGUGACGUUCAUGCACUAUAAGCCUAAAGCAGCCCCUCUGCGGACUCUGAAUCUGAAUGGCCAUGUUGGUUUUGACAGCCUUCCAGAUCAAUUGGUCAACAAGUCAAUCAGUGCAGGUUUCUGUUUUAAUAUCCUUUGUCUUGGAGAGACAGGUAUUGGAAAGUCCACCAUGAUGGAUACACUGUUUAAUACUCACUUUGAUUCUACACCCAGUACACAUGAUCUACCUGGUGUUAAACUGAAGGCCAGUACAUACGAAUUACAAGAAAGCAAUGUAAGACUGAAGUUGACCAUCUGUGACAGUGUUGGUUUUGGGGACCAAAUAAACAAAGAAGACAGUUGGAAGCCAUUAGUAGACUACAUUGACAGCCAGUUUGAAGUAUAUUUACAGGAGGAAUUGAAGAUCAAAAGAUCUCUUCAUAAUUUUCAUGACACUCGUAUCCAUGCCUGUCUGUACUUCAUCGCUCCAACAGGUCACUCACUGAAAGCAUUGGAUCUUGUAACAAUGAAGAAAUUAGACAGCAAAGUGAACAUUAUACCAGUGAUAGCUAAGGCUGAUACUAUUACUAAAGCUGAACUACAGAAGUUUAAAGCUAAGAUCAUGUCAGAACUGAUGUCUAAUGGUGUACAGAUUUACCAGUUCCCUACUGAUGAUGAAACUGUAGCAGAUACAAACAAAGUUAUGAAUUCACAUUUACCAUUUGCUGUAGUAGGCAGUAGUGAUGAAAUAAAACUGGGAAACAAGAUGGUUAAAGCUAGACAGUAUCCAUGGGGAACAGUACAAGUUGAAAAUGAAAAUCAUUGUGAUUUUGUCAAACUGAGAGAAAUGUUGAUCAGAACUAAUAUGGAGGACCUAAGGGAGAGCACACAUAAAACUCAUUAUGAAUUGUACCGUAGAAACAAACUACAGGAUAUGGGUUUCUCAGAAUCAGAAUCUCAAAGUCUGUCAGAGACAUAUGAACUGAAGAGACAACAACAUUUAACUGAACUUAGCAGGAAAGAAGAAGAGAUGAGACAAGCUUUUGUUAUCAGAGUGAAAGAAAAGGAAGCUCAUCUCAAAGACACAGAAAAGGAGCUGCAUGACAGGUUUGAUGCAUUGAAAAAGAAACAUGCAGAAGAAAAGAAGAAACUAGAAGACAGUAGGAAGAGAUUAGAAGAUGAAAUUAAUACUUUUAAUGACAGAAAGGUUGCUUACCAACAACACUCCUCUACACUGGGCAAGAAAGGAAAACGUUAAACACUGAUUAAAACAUAAAUUAUAGUACUGCCAAAAUUGUAAUGAUAUUAUAGAUACAGUUACAAAAGACUUCAAUAAGUUGUAGUGUAGAAUCUCAUAAAAAAUGAUGAAGUUAGCAUAGAUGGCAAUAUGCUGUAGUGAAGUAAACUUUAAAAGUGUUUUGGUUAGAAUUAGGGAACAUUAAAUUCAGUCUUAGAAAAGGCUUAGUUAUGGGAAUAGAAAUGUCAGAAAAAUCAUUACAGGGUUAAGAAGUGUUAAUUUUUUUGUUUUCACUUUAAACAAAUACUUAGAAAUAUAUUUUAAAAUUUAGAAAUGAAUCAUUGAUUAAUAAAGCAUUUCCUUGAUAUGGGCUGCUUAGUAAAGUUACUUGUGCAAUUAAGGAUACAAAACCUACUGUACUAGAGUCUUGCCAUUAGAACAAAUACAAAUUGUUCAUGAUUGUAUUGUGUCAUUUAAACAUUUAGAAUGCUAUCCACCUCGUAGUAUUUCAGCAUUUAUAUUGUAUUUAUAUUUUAAAUGUUAGUUAGAUAUAAGUAGUCUUCAUGUACUAUUUUUGUUUCAUUUACUCUGAUGUAUAUUUGAACUUAGUUCCUAUGCAUUCAAAUACCAGUAUAUAUUAAACAGACUGAAACUCUGCCUUCCCUUUUGUUUACAAACAUCCAAGCAAACAUAGCAAGCAAGUUGAUCAAAGGUUUGCUUUGCAUGCUUUUAUAGAAAAGCUGUAAAGGAGGAAUAUCUUUAUUUUGAAAGAAAAAUAAUCAUCUCAGGGGGGGAUAACUCCAAAUCCUCUGCAGAAUAUUUUGAUUGGUUUUAAAAAAGUGCAAUGUACAAUUUAACACUGUGACAUAAGGCAUUCUCAAAGACAAAAGUAAAUUGUGUUUAUUGAAUCUCAGUUUCUAAUUUAUAUGUGCUGUCUUUUGAUUUUAGUGUAUACAUGAUGCUAACUACUUGGUAUAGCAUUAUAAUAUUAUAUAAAAUUGAUUGUGUAUGUAAUCAAUUUAUUUAUUUACAUUUCCUUACUUAAUAAUGUAAUUUAGUGUAUAGUAUGUGUAUGAAAUGGUUAGUGAAAAAAAAUAAUAUGAAUUCCAUAUGUUUUUGGAUCUCUUUAUGGAUUUUUUCAAAUUAAUUUUCUAUUUAAGAUGAAAAGGCCUUUAAUUUCUCUUGCUUCUGAUAGUUAUAUUACCAUAUUGUUGACAAUCUUUGAUGUUUUAGAAUUAGUGCUCAUCUUGAAUGGACCAGUUUUCACAGCUUUCACUUCUCAUGUCAAUACCAUUUGCAUUUAUAAAUGUUUGUCUUGUCAAGUAUAAACUUUUUCUAUGCAAUUUAACACAUGUCAAUGUAUUUCUAAUUUGUGCUGAUGUUUUUGUAUGCAUUUUGUAUCUAGUCACUAUAGCUUUUGUUUAAAACAAACAAAAAAAUGUCA